GACGGGUGCACUAGCCGAACCGACGAAAGGGACGAGAAAAAAGGCCUUCACUGCCUCAGUUAUUAUUAUAUGUUCCUCAAUACCUACCUACCUACCUAUUUACUCAUUACGGAUCCCCCUCUUCUGUUUUCCCCGUCAACCCUAUUCGCUUAUGAUCGGAUCGCAUUCACACCCCUUCACAAACGAGCGCCGACGUUGAGAAGACCUGUUAGUCACGAGCCGGUCGUUCACCGGGAGCUUGUCAUCUCAUAUAUCCUCUUCAGGUCCUACUCGUUUUUUAGUACUUAAACCCCUGGGCUCCUCCUCUUGACCCCCCGAGCAAGAGCUAGCGAAACUAGGAACUGCGACGAUCUGUGGACAAUCUAGCCAGCAUCGUUGUUCUGCCCUCACAACAAGAAACCCGUUCACUUCCUAUUUCAGGGGAAAGAGACAACAAGAAGCACAAUGUCCAACCAACACCCAGGUCAACAACCUACCAACCCCCGGGGUCAUCACCACCGUCCACCACCUCCCCCCUCGACAGGAACAACACCAGGAGCAUCAUCAAAACCACCCACCCAACAACCCUCACAGCAACCCUUUCCACAGCAGCCAAACCCAACACUAACAACCCGCCGCUCCCUCCUCUCCCCAACCUUCGCCUCCAAACUCCGCCAACUCGCCCUCCCCCUCGCUCCCCUCGUCCAACUAACCUCCGGCACCGUCCACCCCGAGUUCCCCCAGACCUUGCUCAACUUCUGGCUGCUGACCGACGACCAGCUGGACCGACUAGCGAGUUUCUACCACCAGCGCACGCCGUGCCAGUGGACGGCGCACUACCCUUGUCCGGUGUCGUGGCCGGCGGGCAUGGGGAUUGAGGAGAAGAGGAGGCGGAUUGGACGGUUUAUUGGGUUGAGGGGGUGUGAGAGUCCACCGUUGCCUUCUUCGGCUUCUUCGUUGAGCGGCUGGGUGGGCUUGGGCUUGGAUUUGAAUAUGGGGACGGGGGAAAAGAACGGGGGUGGGGGGCAGAUUGAUGAUGAUGAUGAUGAUGAUGACGCUAUGGAGAUGGAUAGUACGGAUUUGGAAAUGGGUGGUGGGCAGCAAACGGAGCAACAACGAGCAUUAUUCUCAAAGGUUAUGAGCUCGCCUAUCAUGGCCAGCAUGGGAAACGAAGGAGCGGGGGGCAUGUCGGCCUACAUAUCGGAGUUGUUAAAGUCGACGACGACAGGGACGACGGAUGAGGAUAUUGCGGAGACGGAGAGGAAGUUCAGGAAAGCGGAGGAUGAGUUGGAUGAGAUCAGGAGGAAGAUGGGUUGGUAUUUUUAGGUUGACAGUGGUUGUUGCAAUGGGUAGGGAUAUCAAAGACGGGCAAGAUUGUUUUGGAGUUUCCGAAGGACUCGCUUGGAAGAGGUCUAUUUAGAUGGCCAGGCAGGUUAGCUACUAAAAGAGCGCUGGUGUUCGGUGACAUCGAUACAUACAGUCCAAUACUGAAUGGUUUGUUUGUUAACUCGAGACCUCGGGUCAACUUCCCUGGGCGUUUUUAUAUCUAAUCCAUUCGUUUCGUUCCAUGAUCAAUCUUGUUAAUGGCUUU